UGGUGAGUGGAAAUCUAUCCGUAUCCCACAUCUCCUGCUACCGGAAUAAGAGGAGACAAAGCGAGGAAAAGAUCUUAUCCAAGAUUUUGCAAACAUGGCGAGUCAGCAGCAACAAGUCGGGGCAGGCCGGGCAGACAGUGACGAUUGAAUAUGAGUAAAAACUCAUAAACCUGACACCGCAUCAACGCGUCAGCAAAUGCCUCUCGGAGCGUUUAAAACACGCAGCCACCAUCUGGGUUUUACGCACUGAGGCUGCAGGAAGGUUGUUGCUGCCAACAAGUUUUUCUUUUUCCACACUGAGCUUCAACGCAGCCAGGAAGAAAGACGUCAUGUUGGAAGCGUUUGGGACCCAGAGCGCAGCUGUGAGCGCACCGAGCGCAGACAAGAAGAUCAGCCUGGCACCGGCAGGGAUGGACAGCGGGAAGAAACUCCUGCAGAAAACUGGAUCCGCUCUAUCCAAGAGGAGAUUCCUGGUCGCAUUAGACCUACUCUGCCUUUUAAUUGCAUCGAUUCCUUUCUUUGCCUGUGAGCUGAAGGCAGUGGGCCCUUUCAAAAGAGGCUUCAUAUGCGGAGACCCCAGCAUCACCUACCCUCAUCUACGCAAUGAAGCCAUACCAGAUGAGCUUCUCAUAGCAGGUGGAAUCUUCAUCACAGGCCUCGCGAUUGCUGUAGGGGAGUGUUGCCGGGUGCGUAUCCAAAGCACAAGCUCAAAAUCUUUCGUGAGGAACCCGUAUAUUUCCUGCCUGUACAAGGAGCUGGGCUCCUUCCUGUUUGGCUGCUGUGUCGGCCAGUCGCUCACCAACAUGGCCAAGCUCGGUGUGGGCCGGCUGCGACCUCACUUCCUGUCUGUAUGUGGGGUCACCUAUGCUUCGCUCAACUGCACACCAGGAACCUAUGUGGCAACAGUGACCUGUCUCAAUUCUGACCCUCACUUAGUGGAAGAGGCCAGGAAAUCCUUCUUCUCUGGCCAUGCUUCCUUUGCCAUGUACACAAUGCUCUAUUUAGCGUUCUACCUGCAGGCCCGGCUGACGUGGCGAGGGGCCCGGCUGCUCAGGCCGAUGCUACAGUUCCUCCUGGUCCUCCUGGCGGUCUACACAGGUCUGACCCGUAUCUCGGAGUACAGGCACCACCCGACGGAUGUGCUAGCAGGAUACAUACAGGGGGCCCUCACUGCUUACUGGGUGGCGAUCUACAUCUCACCAAUGUUUAAAAGCUGUAGCUCAGACCUGUCUGCAGAUGAGACACCGGACAGCCCCCUGUCUCCCCACCACACUGUCUGCUAAACCCACAACCUACAGUACCUUCAGACUGCAAAUGUGAAGAAUGUUUGGCAAUUUCCUCUGGAAUCAAAAGACAUACCUCAAUGUUUGGGCAGAGAGCAGAAAAAGACUAUCUGGACAAUCUCUGCAGCUCAUAAAAAAACAUAGAAGUGACUGAAAAGUAGAAAGGAAAAGUGACUGAAAGCUGUCUGUUGUGUGGACAGUCUGCAUUCUUUCCUUGUGACUGAUCACGCCCCACCUGCCUGUAAGAUGAGACUGAAAACAAAAGCCACCAUAACUUUGCACCACUUGUAAAUAUAUACAUAUUUUUUGAGCACAUAAGAUAAUGUCAAAGCACUUUUAAUUUCCAAUGUAGUUUUAUUACAACUCUGCAAUGAAUAGAAUGUAAUUUAUAUAUUUUUUUAUAAACAUAGAUCACUUUAUUUAACUGUUUAAAAUAAUCUUGUAUGUUUCUGAAGGUAAGCAAUCCUUUUCUUCAUGUUUUUUUUUUGUGUCAGAUGUUAUAUAUCCUGCAUAGUAAAGAUGACUAAUCGACUACCUGACAGAAAAUAACACAUAUAAAGGUAUUGAAACAAUUUGUCAGCCAUUUCUAUUGUAUGUAUCUGUCAG